GCUAGGACAAUAAAAUCUAAAGCAGAUGCUCAAAAUCUUUCCUUCUCCUCAGCUAUUUAAGUCUCUCAAGUCCCACAUCACUAUCUCAUAUCUAACCUUCACUGUGACAGACAAAUCAGUCAAUGCCAACUAGCUCAAUAAUCCCCCCCCUUCACUCAUACUCAGCACCUUCAUUCCUUCAAUGGCUGCUUCUUCGUCAAAAAAGAUCUGUGAGCAUCUUCAAGAGCAACAAGAAUCCUUUGUAUUAGACAUACAGAGACCAUCCAUGUCCAAUUUGACAAGGAGAAGGAUUUUACACACCAGAAAGAUUCUCAAGCUGAUAUUCUACAAGCUCAUUUGCUCUAACCACAGCAAGCAGAGAUUGAACUGCCAUAAAGCUCACAUAUAUGAGCUUAAGCUCUUGCAGAGUGGAGGAUCAAAAAGGUAUUCUAGUAGAGGCAGCUCAGUUGCAUGGUAUGAGUCCUCCAUGUGUGGCAUGAAAGAUUCACCUUGUAAGAAAAAUCAGGCUGCAGUUCUUGCAGAGACUUGCCAACCCCAUGAACGUAGCAGCUUCAUCGAGCAACAGUGCAAAGAAGAUGGUGGGAAACUGGGACCAGGAUCAUUGCCAUUUGAAGCUAUACGAUCAAACACAGGUAGUAACAUUAAGCUACUUAUCUGAUCAAAUGAACUUUGAAAGAGGCUUGUUGCAAUAUGCUUAUCUUUUUUUUUUUUUUGUGCUGUUCAAAAAAAAUAUAAUGAAAAAUUUUAGGAGAAUAAGUCAGAUACGAUAAAGAUUUAGUUUAUUUUCAAAAAAUAACAAUGUAUUUAGAAAAGAUUUUCUAACAAAAUAAUUUAUUUUUCAUUAUUUAAUUUUAAUUUAAAAAUAAAUUUAUGUAUACAUCUUAACAAUGUAGUGUUAAAUAUUUCAGUUUACCAGAACAUAAAUAUAUUAUAUUUGGAUACAAAGAAUAAAAAACUUGAUACGAGGAGGUAUGAGCAAUGAUUGUGGUAAACAAUUUGCAAUAAUCCUUCAAUUAAUGAACAGGGUAUGACCACCAACCAAAUGAAGAAGAAGAUGCAUCAACUUCAAGCAACAUUGUUGCAGAGGAAGACUCCAUAUUUUCAGCUUUUCUAAGGGAAUUACUAGUGAAGCAACAGAUUGAGAAGCAGAAUCAUGCUGGAUUUCUGAUUCAGCAGGGGAAAAUCGAUCCAGGUUUUUGUCAGAUCCUGGAAAACAGAAGGAUCUUGCAGCAGACAAAGCAGCUUCUGUUUGAUUGUAUUAAGGAAGCCAUAGAAAGACAUCAAAGGAAGAACAGAAAUCAGAAGCUCACCCAGGAAUCCAUGGAUCUAGAAGAGCUUGGAAAAAUAAUCUGUGAGAAAAUUUGCCCAUGGGGAAACCAAAAUGGAGCCCAGCACUUCAAUUUUGAUGUCUCUAGCAUAAUAGAAGAAUGGGAUGAUGUACAGAAACUGCACAGGAAGAUUGAGAGAGACAUUGGAGAUGCUAUCAUGGAUGAAAUAAUUCAGGAAAUAAUUGGUUUCCUUUGUUCUGCAAAGUAUGUUCAUUAAUCAGGACUCUUCUUGAAGUGAAGAACUAAGCAUGGUUCAACUACAAGAACCCAAUCAUAACCAGCAGCUGAACUAACAUGAGUUCAGCCAAUGAACCCGAGCUAAUGAGUUUCAGGAUUUCAAUUUCUCAAUAUCAUGAACUAACAGAUUGGAACAGAAUUAUUGUAAGUGAUAGAAAGAAUGCAAGCAAUUUACGUGGUUCAGUAGUGUGCCUACAUGGACAUAGAGAGAUUUUUUUUUAUUUGAGUAUAUUUUUCAAGAGACAGCACACAUGUUUUUAUAUUCUACUAGAAACCAAUUACAGUCAUAUAUUAUAAUAACAAAAUAGGAAC